CGAUUACGGCGGCCUGAAAUCUCAUUCACCGAUCGAUAUUCUUACUCGGACUUGGAACAGCCGGGAAUGGUUACUUCCGGAGAAAUCCUGAGGCUGUAGCGGCGGGGAAAGCCGCGAAGAUGUGGGUGGUGGUGUUAGUGUUCUUUCUGGGGGCACUGACGGUGGUCGGGGCGGAGGCAGUAGGGCUGGCCAUCUUGAUGCGAUGGCUGAAUAGGAGGGUGGCCGAUGAAGUGGCUAGAUCAAAGAUCUACGGAGAGCUAUCAAGCCGUGGGAAUAUCUAUCCUUCAUUAUGCAGAAAGCAGGGCUUUGUGUGGGUUCUAGAUGCAGACAGCAUUCCAAGAACUUCUCCUAUUGACAAAGCUCCGAGACAGCAAAAGGCAAAGAAGGAUAUCUUGGAGGUCACACCUAUAAAGAAAUAUGCAAAUUUAAAGAACCAUUCUCUCUUUUUAGUAGAAUCAGAUUCUUCUUCCACGGAAAUUGAACUUACUGGUUGUACAAUAGAAGCUGUAUCUGCAUCAGAUUUUCCCUCAAGAAAAUGGGCAAAGAGGUACCCAAUAAAAAUAGAAAGCAAAUCAUCAACGGUAUACAAAGGAAGUAAAAUAAUAUACAUAUAUCUUGAGACAUCUUGGGAGAAGGAAUCCUGGUGUAAAGCCUUAUAUAUUGCUACAUGUGAGGAUGCUGAGAAGCUGAAGUGGUUCAGCAAUUUGUACACUGAGUUCCAAAACUAUAUGAUGUUACUGACUGCUGUGUAUCCUUCUUCAUUUUUAAAACAAUUUCCACAUGAUGUAAGCAUCGAGCCUUCAGAUAACAAGUCAAACAAGGUUGAUAUCUCUUCAUCCAAGGUUCGGAAUUUUCUGCGGAAACUUUCCAAAAAAGCUUCUAAGAGUGGCCUAGAAAAUAAGGCAAACUUGGUCUUAAAAUCAAGUCGCGAACUUCCAAUCGAAAAAUCUAUUGGUUGUUCCACUGAGGAAAUUAUGGUCCCUUCAUCACUACCAACAUUAAAUGGAUCAGUGUGCAGAAAUCACGUGGCUGUAAUUUCUGAUGCAGAUUCAGAUGAUAAAGCAUCAAAUGAUGGAACUCUAUGUUGGAAUUUAUUAAUAUCACGUUUAUUUUUUGAUGCUAAACAGAAUGCAGAGAUGAGAACAUCCUUACUAGCUCGAAUCCAGAGAACCCUAUCCAAUAUGCGAAGCCCCACAUACAUUGGUGAAGUGAUAUGUACUGAUGUUAAUAUGGGUAAUCUCCCGCCAUAUAUUCAUGCAAUGAAAGUUCUUCCUUCCAAUGUGAAUGAAGUUUGGAUGAUGGAAAUUGACAUUGAGUAUUCUGGUGGUGCAAUAUUUGAAAUUGAAACAAGGCUUGAAGUUCAAGAUCUUGAGUUACAGGAGGGAGGCCCAAGCGCAGAAUCAAGAUCUGUGGAUGAGGUAAAAGCUGAUUUAUUAGAGGGAAUUGAACACUUCAGAGAAAACAUGACAUAUUCCGAGGAGACAGCUGGUGCUUGUGAUCAUCAUAGAGAUGAAGAUCUUAGAGGGGAUUCGUUAACACACCCCAAGAGCACAACAGGUGCAGUGUCUCAAUAUUCUAGAUGGAAAUAUAUCAUGCAAUCAAUUGCCAAACAGGUUUCACAGGUUCCACUUACAUUGGGAAUAAGAGUUGCGUCUCUCCGAGGAUUGAUGCGCAUAUUCAUAAGGCCACCACCUUCAGAUCAAAUAUGGUUUGGCUUCACUUCUAUGCCAGACCUUGAUUUUCAAUUGGAGCCUUUUGUUGGAGAGCACAGGAUAGCAAGUGGACGUUUAGCUUUAUUCUUAAUUAGUCGGCUUAAGGCAGCCAUUCGGGAGACACUGGUUCUUCCAAACUGCGAGAGUGUAUGCCUGCCAUGGAUGUUAGCUGAAAAGGAGAACUGGGUCCCACGUAAGUUAGCGCCUUUCAUAUGGAUUAAUCAAGAACCGCAAAGCACCGAGAACGCUGACGUGGCCACUCCCGAAGCUGCCAGCAGCAGUGGUCCAGAUGAAGGACCCCACCAAAACAUCGAGCCAUCGUUGCAAAAAGCAAACAGUGCUCUCAAUGCACAUUCCUCAUCACUAGCUGCUCCUCCUCCAGAGAAAGAACUGCGCGUCCCAUUAUUGAGUUGUGAAGAGCAAGCAGCGAGUCUUCGUCAAAACAAAGGCAUGGUGGAAGAGGAGGUGGGACAGAACCAUGUUUGUGAAGAAGACGAUGGCGUGAAAACAAAGAGACUGGGAAGCACGAAAGCGAGGAUGAUAGGUUUGAGCAAGAAGAUGUCUGAGAAGUUUGAAGAGAAGAGGCGACAUAUUGAAGAGAAGGGAAGAAACAUCGUCGAAAAGAUGAGAGGGCAACAACAGUGAUGAAUGAAUGAUCCUUGGCGCUACAAACAUGCAGCGAAAACCCAUGGAAUUCUGAGGUUUGUUUGGAAGUAGAGUAUAUACAUAUAUACACACAUAUCUUGUUAUUAUCCAUGUAAAUGCAACAAUGGCAGGAGCUCUGCAUAUCUGAUGAUGCUCUGCCAUUAUUGAUUGCUUCAGCUAAGUGAGACUGU